AUGGCGAUUAUUCCAGCAUGUAGCUGGAAAGCAUCGAAUGCCCUCAAGCUAUUGGCAUACCUGAUACUGAUAAGAUCUAUUACAGGAGAAGCGCGAAGUAUAGACGAGUACACUCUGGGCCAGCAGCACCAUCAAAACGACGAAACCAGCAGCGGCGUUCGACGACUGGGUCGAGAACGACGACUAAGACGAAAAGCACCACCAGAUCGCAAUGUCCGCAAAGGCCCUAGAUCUGGUUAUACCAAUACCAAAGAGAAAGAUGACAAGCAGAAACGAAAAGGGAAAAAAGGUAAAAAAGGCAAAAACAAGAAAGGAGACUAUUCGUCGUCCACGAUCUCCAUCGAGGAAGAAGUUGCCUACGACCAACACACGCAGCUGCCUCUAGAAACCUUUCCAACUCUUGAUCCCAUUGACACUGCGGCAGAGUUCCACGACGUGGAAGAAUACGUAGAGCAAGAGUUUCACUACAAUAAGGCCGCCAAAAAGAAUGACAAGGCGAAAUACGGAGCCGACAAACUCAUUCCCGCGAGCAAAAAACACAAGGGACCACAUACCAAAACCAAAAAACGACACGGAGCCAGUAAUCAGGAAGCGGAUACCAAGGAUCAACGUGGACCUCAAACAAAAACAAAGCAUCACCACCUUGAUGAUUACGCGUUCGACCAAGAACGGGAUUACGGACAUGAUGACGCCGCCGGAACUGUGGACGAAGAUCGUCACAAGAGUGAUCACACAAAGAGAUCCAAGAGUAAACACCACAAAGGCGCUCAUACCAAGGCACCAAAAGCAACCAGAGCCACAAAAGCGCCGAAGGCAGAGAUCGACUACAAGGGAGAUCACACGAAACAUCCGAAAGCUGGUCAUCACCACAAAGGUGACCAUACCAAGAACCCUACCGUCCAUCACCACCAAGAGCCGUAUCAGAGCAAAAGCAAAAGCAAGAAAAAGGGAUCUCAUCACAAAUCCAAGAAGCAUCAUACCACAGAAAAGCAUUACCACGCCCCACCCAAGGGUGCGCAACCGGAGCUGGGAGAUAAUUACUUUCAAUCCACCAUCCUUCUCGUGCUCGAUCCAGAUUCACCCGAAUUGUCCACCACACAAAGCCGCAUUCUCGAACGCGCUGUCUUGCAUUCGUACAACACACUCAGCAAUGACCUCUGUGAUCCAUUCGGUAGAGAACUCUCAGAUGCUCGGAUUGUCUUUGUAGAUAAUAUCCAUUUGUUGGUCCACACCAUUGGAGAGUGCCGCUACGGAUGCGACACGGAAGAUAUCACUCUCUUCUCACCACCCGCUCUCUCCUACUUUGAUUCAAUGCCCGGAAGCCACGGCUACGUCCAGGCAGAGUGGCAACGCCCGCAAACACCGGCACCAGCAUAUGCUCCCAGUAGCUCUCGGCAUUCGCAGAGUCCCAAUCAAAUUUACUGGAGUACCAGCAAACCAGUUACGCCUGUAGCAGCAACGACAACGACCGUACCCGCAACCGCAACCGCAGCAGACGGAGCUGGAAGGCCAUCGUUCCAUUGGGAUCUAGGAGACCAGCUGGAUGGGCUUCACUCGGUGGAAGGUGCAUCACUCACUGAUCCUCCCACGGCAAGUCCCUCCGUCGCAAGUCCUGUCGACGACCCAAGCACUCCGGUAAGCGCCAGUACAAACGUCCCAACUAGUCCGAAUGCCAGAUCGCCAACAAGGAAGGUACCGACGCUGGACGAUUUUCGGAACGUUCCCUUUGAUCUUGAUGGAAAACACUAUCGGCCAAGAAAGCCUCGGUCUCACCAGCGACAGCCCAAGCUUCGCCGUUCUGCAUCGUCCACAAACGCGGAUACGAUUGGUAGCAUCCAGAAUCGCGAAUUGACAGGAUUGGAAGACGAUGAUGACAGUAUCUACGCAAACAGCCGCAAGGGACUAUUUACGGGACGACGACGGCUCAAGAGCAAAAGUAGGAAAAGCAAGAGCGGUGGAAAGGGAAAUGGCGCCGAGGGGCGCAACGCAGGUUGUACAAAGCACAAUUCCGAAAAGGGCGGGUAUGAUGAUUCCGGGUGCUGCAGCAAAGAGGAUGCUCCGUUCAGAGCGCCCACCGAACUCGAAUUCACUCAGGCCCUUAACCAAGCCAUCUCCCAAAUGCCAGACCUACGCGUGGGGGUGCGGCAACAAUUUUCCGCGUUUCUAGAAGUGGCCCAGACGGUCGAACAAACACAAAUCCCGUGCUCUACCGUUGAGGAGACAUUUGAUUCCGCAUUGCUCAUUCAAUUCGUAGGAGAAGAAAAUCGAGUGACCGAAAGUCAAAUUCGAGAAGUAGAGCAGGCGAUCAAGGACACGUACCUGACUCUUGAGGCUACCCUCUGUGACAUUCCGUACUUUCGCCAACUCGACGAUGUUCGACACCGGGGGACAACAGCCGGUGAUAUACCCGGGACCUUUGUCAUGGAAUUCCUUUUGCGAGGAACGUGUCGUGGUUCAGGUUGCAGCCAAAACUUGGAUUUCUUUAGCACUGAAUCUCAACGGCGAUUGGGUGAAGAUAACAAGUUAUCCUCUUCCUCCGUUUCGCGCGGAAUGCAGGCACAAGCGACCUGCCUUUGCCCCGUGUUUUCAGGCCAGUCUGGGGCACCCUCGAUUAUUGACUUUACCGAUCAAUUUGCCGCGAGAAUCGAUGAGCUAAAUGCAAACGGUGCGUUGCCAAGCAUCCAAGCGAGUCUAGGAGUUUUUGAAGAAGAUGCGGACUUCAUGAUUGGGCUUCAAAGGGAAUCGUUUGCAUCCUACAUCACCGUUGAUAUCUUUGGCGAUGCAGAUUUUGUGACGAUGGAAGAAAUAGAUAUCUUGGAGAGAACGCUGGUUGAGGUCUACAACGACUUGCAGCUCGCAGGAUUUUGUGAUCCGCUUGGACGGUUGUGCGAGACGGCUACACUGACAUUCUUCAAUCCAACGCCAGCUCAGGAUUCAACAUUCGUUCUGAGCUUCCAAGUGGGAGCAUCGUGUCUUGGAGAAGGCUGCCGUGAGACGGCCACACUCUUUAGUGAUGGAAUGAGAAGGAACUUGCAACUCGGAGAGCUGGAGUUCCCACCAGAAUGCCAACCCGGUCAAGAACCUCGCGCACCAACCGAACAAGAAUUCGCCGACGUUCUAAAUCGGCGUCUACAACAACUCUUCCAACAAGGCAUCUUACAGAAUGUCAUGGGAAGUGGUACAGUGAUGGAGGACAAAUCUUUGACGCUUCCGCCCUCCGAAGUAAUGACGUUCAGUCCUACUGUGAUGCCGACUUUCAUGGAUGUCGCAACCCCUGAUCCAACUGCAGCCACGCCUCCACCAACUCAAGCUGCCACAACGCUGUCACCAACAGUUGCACCUACUCACAUGGGGGAUACAAGUCGACCUACCGUGUUACCCACUGCUGCCGACAAUGUCGGGACCAUGAGACCAACGACGGCUGCGAGUGAAACUGAGGCCCCGUCAGGUCUUCGGGGAACUCUUGCCCCCACCAGUUCCACGUCGUCAGGUGAAGUCACAAUGCGGCCUACAACCAACGUGCAAACAAGCGAACCUUCUGUUGAAACUACCGCUACUGGAGUCCCCUCGGCUGCAGCUGCAAAUGAAACGCAGACUCCAACCGUGGGCAACGGAACGGCAACGUUGUCACCCACUGCAUUAAACCAAACCUCCACGGUAACCCCCACAUUGAGCAAUGUCAGUACAGAAGCACCCACAAUCCUCAUGCUGAACAUGACAACUUUGCAGCCUUCCCUUGGGAGCAAUGCAACUAAUACCAGCUUCCCAACAAUAAUCACAGCCAACACAUCUGCUCCCACCAUCGCCAGAGGCAACACAUCUUUUCCAACUAUUGAACCUGCUGCAGGGACACCGAUGAUGAAUACUACAGCCCCAACAACAAACGUGACGAUUGCACCAUCUAACCAAACACUUGCACCUUCUAACCAAACGCAGGUACCAAGCAUGGACAAUGCAACUAUGUUGCCCAUUGGAAAUGAAACUCUAGUUCCUUCCCAGAACAUGACAAUCUUUCCCAACCAGACACUGGCACCAUCUCAGAAUAUGACAAUCUUUCCUAACCAGACCAUUGCACCAACCACCAAUGUCAGCUUGCCUCCACAAGCCAAUACAACAGCUCCAACAGCAAACAACACCAUUGCUCCUUCCAAUCAGACACAAUUUCCAACAGCCAUUGGCAAUGCAACAUUACCUCCCAUUGGAAAUGAAACUCUAGUUCCUUCCCAGAACAUGACAAUCUUCCCCAACCAGACACUGGCACCAUCUCAGAACAUGACAAUCUUUCCCAACCAGACCAUUGCACCAACCACCAAUGUCAGCUUGCCUCCACAAGCCAAUACAACAGCUCCAACAGCAAACAACACCAUUGCUCCUUCCAAUCAGACACAAUUUCCAACAGCCAUUGGCAAUGCAACAUUACCACCCACUGGAAAUGAAACUCUAGUGCCUUCCCAGAACAUGACAAUCUUGCCCAACCAGACACUGACACCAUCUCAGAACAUGACAAUCUUUCCCAACCAGACCAUUGCACCAACCACCAACGUCAGCUUGCCUCCACAAGCCAAUACAACAGCUCCAACAGCAAACAACACCAUUGCCCCUUCAAUCAAACUCAAUUCCCAACAGCCAUUGGCAAUGCAACAUUACCUCCCAUUGGAAAUGAAACUCUAG